GUCGAUCCAUACAUGCACAUGUGUUAUCUUUCUGGGCUACCAGGAUUCUUGGAGAACGCCCAGCACUAGAGUUUGCACUGGUUGCUGUGAGCUGAUCCACGCGAGAAUGUGCGCGUGAGCAUUUUUAUACUUUGGAGCAUGUGCACUGACUGAAAGACACAGCAAGGAUGCGUGGUGGGCAUUAUCUGUCGUGAUCUGAGGAGUUUGUGGUGUACAAUACUUGUGCUGUCCAUCUUACCCUCCCUCCAGUUUGGCUGUCUGGCAAGGACUAACAACAGCAUCCCGCUGGGAUGUCCACCUCACCUGGUGCAAGAGAUGGAAACCAAAGGAGCUCUUUGGAGCUGGAUGCUGAGCACUCACAGAAAGUCCCUGGAGCCGAACAGGGAGGGGUGCCAACGCCCCAGGUGAAGCUGAAAGAGAGACAGAAGUUCUUUGAGGAGGCAUUUCAACAAGACAUGGAGCAGUACCUGUCUACGGGUUACCUGCAGAUCACUGAGAGGAGAGAGCCAAUAGGCAGCAUGUCAUCCAUGGAGGUGAACGUGGACAUGCUGGAGCAGAUGGAUCUGAUGGACAUGUCUGAUCAUGAGGCUUUGGAUGUGUUCCUGCACUCUGGGGGAGAGGACAACAGCGCCGCCUCACCCGUCACAGGUCCAGAUGUGGAGUCCUUUACAACCGAGAUCAGCCUACAGGUUCCCACUCAGGCCGAACUCCGACACAAGCUUUCGUCGCUGUCAUCCACCUGCACAGAUUCAGCCAGCCAGGACACUGAGGCCGGGGAGGAUGAUGAGGAGGAGGAGGAGGCAGAGCAGGGAGGAGGGGGUGUUGUAGGAGGAGGAAGGAGAAGAAAGGCCCCUGUAGUAGUGACCCUGGAUGAAGAGGAGGUCCAUGCAGACACUGCAUUAGUAGAGAGAGAGGAUGAUCAGAGCAAUCGAGACUGUGAGGAGAGGAGGCAGCAGGUUUGAGGAAAGUUGGACUCGGUUUGAAGGGUAAACCCUCACAGCUGCCAAAUCAAACUUAGAUAUAUAUUCUAUUCUAUGGCUCUUUUUCCCAAGAAAAUGUUCAUUUCCUGCACAAGGUAACACUGAGGUUGCACUAACUGCCACAUAAACUUGCCUUAAGAGACCAGUUCAAUCGGAUUUAAUAUUUUUAAAGAUGUUUUUGCCCCCGUUCAAAAAAAUAAUCGGGUUUUUCAGACAACCAGAAUCAGUUUUUUUUGUUAGCAUUUCUGCAUAAUCUUGACAAGUCCUAAAAAGGAUGAGAGUUUCUCUAAUUCUUUUUUUAGGUUUUAAAAACAAGUUGUUGGAAUUCCAAUACAUGGACUUUUUAACUAUUGCAUAACUUGUUUUAGUAAAUCAAUUAGAAAACUCCUACAGACUAAAGACCAGAAGAUUUAAAGAAAA